AUGGAUGCCCUUCUGGCUAACAUUCCGGAAAACGUGCCUCUUGUGACCAUACGAAAUGAUGGAGACGUUGGUGUUGCCGGCGGACCGGUGGCGAUUUUCUUUCAAGCCACCGGUCAGGUUGCGGUUAUAGGAGAGCCAGCCGGUGUGGCCGCAGUCGCUAUGGAUGAGAUGGCGCCGGUCGCGCCGGAUGUGGCGCCGGUCGCGGAGGACGGGGUAUUUGCCGUGGACGCGGAAGCCAUGGAUGAAGAGGCGUUCGUGGCUGCGGUGGACGAAGCAAUCAUUGCCGCCGUGGAUGAGGCGGUCAAUGCUGCGGUGCACGGGGCGGUCGUGGAGAAGGACGAGAACGACGCUUUCGUGGAGAUCGACGAGGUGGUCGUGGAUGAGGUGGUCGUGGAUGAGGAAGAGGGGGUGGCCGUGGUGGUGCAGGACGGCAUGUUAGGAGCGGGCAACGGUUUGCCAGCUGCGGCCGGUGGUGCGCUGGGAGCGGCCGGUGGACUCAUGGGUAAUGGUGGUGUGAUUAAUCAGCCGAACGAUGGAGCUCAUGCGGGGCCAGCGAGCUCGGGGAACCAGGCAGAGCGCGGAGGACUCCGCGGCGGUAACGGUGCCGAUAUCGAAGCCAGUAUGAGCGCUGAAGCAUGCGCUGUCGAAGCCGGCGGCCGCUGCAACCCGGAGGACGAAGAAGGACCGUCUGGCGGAGUGAUUGUCGCCAAUACCGCACCGGUUUCGGAAGCCGGUAGCAGCAACGCUGGGUGCAGCACCGCGACAAACACCGGACAGUUGCUGCCGAUUAUCCGCGAUUUGCCGCUGUUACGUGGACGCAACGGAGAGCGAAAAUUUCACAUCCUGGAUAUCUUCAAUGAGACGGUAGAGAGUAUGCACUGGGCGUUUGAUUCGUCCAAUCAGCGGCGAUACGCCCGCGAUAUUUACAAGAUGAUGCCUCAAAUUUUUGAGUAUGUGACAAAGAAAUGGGAGAAUAUUCAGGAUGCGGCGCUCCAUGCCCGCCGUGUGUAUCCCAUUCAAGCUGAUGUGGACCUGCACGGUAUGAUCGACCCAACGGAAUGCUUCCUGAAGAGCGUUAAGCAGCCCAAGGGAAAGCGGGCGCGUGGUAACGACGCAACGACGUCUGGUUAUGGCGAGAACAUUGUGGAAAAUAGCGAUUCGGAUAAAGAAAAUCAGACCGGACUGACGCAGUAA